AUGCAUGAGAAAAUAGCUGUCAUCCGGAAGAAGCUCGCCAUUGCACAAGAGCGACAAAAAAAAUAUGCAAAUCAGAGGCGUCGAGAGUUGCAAUUUGAAGUAGGAAGCAAAGUAUUCUUGAAAGUGGCGCCGAUGAAGGGAAUUAUGCGGUUCGAUAAGAAAGGCAAGAUGAGUCCGAGAUAUUUAGGCCUUUUUGAUGUACUAGAAAGGAUUGGAGCUGCAGCAUACAGGUUGGCCCUCCCACCACAAUUGUCGGCUAUUCACGAUGUUUUCUAUGUCUCUUUGCUUCGAGGGUAUGUUUUGGACCCCACACAUGUACUAGAGUACGAGCCUCUUCAAGUCCUCGAGGAUCUGAACUUUGAGGAAUUUCCAGUCGAAAUUCUUGCACAAAAAGCUCAAGCACUCCGCAAGAAACCAUUUCAAUGGUCAAAGUGCUUUGGAGCAACCACACAGAAAAAGAGGCCACCUGGGAGCUAG